GUGUCUCGGACGGGUUCGCAACAUUAUCUCGAUUGAUGCGGUCAUGUCGAAAAGGGCCCAUUUGGAUCUCCGUGGAUCAUGUCCAACGUACAAGCUAUCCAGUCCCCUAAUCGGAUCUAACCCGGCUUGCCAAGUACUUAAGAACUCGAACACAGUAGGUACGACACCCUCACCCUUCCCCCUUCUCCCUGCGUUGCCUUCAUCACCAUCACGAUGCCGUCUGCACACACAUCCUACACCAACGGUCAUGCCCAUCACUUCACCAAUGGUGCCAACGGCGUCAAUGGUGCAACUACGAAGAGGCCUACUGCGCAGGCCAACACGCUACUCGCCAGCUUCCUCGACAGCCAUCGCGAGCUCGAAGCCUACAAACAUGGAAAGCCUGUGCUCGUCGACGGAGACAACCUUACCGUUACCGCGGUCGCCGCUGUCUCACGCUACAACGCGACCGUCGCACUCGAUGAGUCCCCAAGCAUUCGCGAGCGCGUGAAGAAGAGCCGCCAGGUAAUCGCUUCGAAGGUUGAUAGUGGUGCGAGCGUAUACGGCCUCUCCACCGGCUUUGGAGGAAGUGCCGACACGCGAACGGACCAGCCUAUCCUCCUAGGGCACGCCCUGUUGCAACAUCAGCACGCUGGUGUUCUCCCAUCCUCCGACAAGGCCCUGGAAGUCCUUCCAUUGCUAGAUCCGGUUGCGUCAACAUCAAUGAGCGAGAGCUGGGUUAGGGGCGCGAUGCUCGUUCGGAUGAACUCGCUGAUUCGCGGGCAUAGCGGUGUCAGAUACGAGUUGAUUGAGCGCCUGGGCGACCUCCUCCGCGAGAACAUCACCCCCUUCGUUCCGCUACGCGGCAGCAUCUCCGCCUCAGGUGAUCUGUCCCCGCUUUCUUACGUCGCCGGAACCAUCGUGGGAAACCCCUCCAUUCGCGUCUUCGACGGUCCAGCGGUGUUCGGCGCGCGGAAGAUCGUCUCUUCGCGUGACGCGCUAAAGGCGCACGGACUGGAGCCUCUCCCGCUCGUAUCGAAGGAGCACCUAGGUAUUCUCAAUGGCACGGCUUUCUCGGCCAGCGUCGGGUCGCUUGCUAUCCACGAGGCCACCCAUCUCGCGCUGCUAGCGCAGGUGUGUACGGCGAUGGGCGUGGAGGCGCUUUCCGGAACGCAGGGUUCAUUCGACCGCUUCAUUCAUGAUGUUGCUCGCCCUCAUCCCGGGCAGGUUGAGAGCGCGCAGAUCAUCUGGAAUCUCUUGGACGGUUCUAAGCUUGCCCACCGUCACACCAAGCAGGACGAUGAGGUCGAGCUGCACUCGGACAAGUACUCGCUCAGGCAAGAUAGAUACCCCUUACGAACUGCUCCGCAGUUCCUUGGUCCUCAAAUCGAGGACAUCCUUGCUGCUGCUGCGUCUUUGAAGCAAGAGAUUAACUCUACGACUGAUAACCCCCUCGUCGACGGGGAGACCGGCCAGAUUCAUCACGGAGGCAACUUCCAAGCGAUGGCCGUGACGAACGCGAUGGAGAAGACGCGCCUUGCGCUUCAUCACAUUGGAAAGCUUCUCUUCGCACAGAGCACGGAGCUCAUGAACCCCGCCAUGAACAACGGGCUACCCCCGUCCAUGGCGGCUAGUGAUCCUUCCCUUAACUAUCACGGGAAGGGCAUCGACAUUGCUACCGCCGCGUAUGUCGGCGAGUUGGGCUACCUGGCCAGCCCGGUGUCGACACACAUCCAGUCCGCGGAGAUGCACAAUCAAGCCGUGAAUAGCCUAGCGCUCAUUUCCGCGCGUGCUACCAUUAACUCACUAGAAGUCCUGUCGAUCCUUACGGCGUCAUACCUGUACAUCCUCUGCCAAGCAUUGGACCUCCGCGCGCUCCAGUCCGAGUUCCUGGACGGCUUACGCCAAAUUGUCGAGGAGGAGCUAUCGGGGUCGUUCGGCGGAUUGUUCCAGUCAUCCGACCUCCAGUCCGUCCACUCUUCCUUGUACGCCACCAUGCACAAGGUCUUUGAGAAGACGAGCACGAUGGACAACGUCGACCGCAUGCACGAAGUCGCUGCCUCGGCCUCGACCGUUCUUCUCGACGUCUUCUCCCAGCCUAAGUUCGCAGGCGCAUCGGACGCGCUCUCCGGCAUCACCACUUUCCGCACGCGCGUCGCGGACCGCGCUGCCACGCUCAUGGACGACCUUCGUCGCGCAUACCUCUCCGGCGAGCGGGGGGCCGCGCCGGCGACGCCGUACCUGGCGAAGACGCGCUCUGUGUACGAGUUCGUCCGCGUCACGCUCGGCAUUCGCAUGCAUGGGUCCGAGAACUACAACGGCUUCCCCAAUGGUAUCGGCACGGACGACAUCACCCUCGGUCAGAACAUCUCUCUCAUUCACGAGGCUAUCCGGGAUGGCAAGCUGCAGGACAUCGUUGCCAGCCUUUUUGAGUAAAGGUCGAGAUUGGGCUCCGUCGACUAAGUUCUUCUCCACUGUAACAUAUUCCUGGAUUAUCCCCUGCAUUUGUACCCAUAGAUGUACCACCACCAAUCUUACAGUCCUCGUUGCAUGUUUGCGUAUGACCUAGGGACAAAUUCAAGAGCUUGGCUUCGUUCGAUCAGUGGCACUAUUGAAUUGAAGUGCAGACGCGUUGAAGCGUCUUUCGUA